AUGUGCUGCAAGCCACUGACUUUUGUUCUUUUGUCCAUUCCAUUAACUUCCGCGCACCUUGCAGCAUUCACCGAGGGAAUGUAUUGUCCAGAGGGCUCCUACCAGGGAGCGCUCACAAACGCAACCGAUCCAAAUCGUCACAUCUUUGAUCCUCUCUAUCGACUGUCAGGCGACGACUGGUUCAUAUCCAAAGGGAAAAACUGCUGGCUCGCUGAACCGACUGGCAUUUGGGAAAUCACUGCGAACUCCGUUGUCUCCGCUGGCUGGACAACCAGGCAGAAUUGUACUGGCUUCUACGGCAGCUGCGUACCGGAAGAUGCUUACCCGACCCCUUACUCGGUGACAAAUCCCGCUGUGAUUGCGGCAGGCCUUGUAACUUCAUCUCAUGGACUAGCCAAGCCGAAUCUACACUGUGCCAACAAGUCCACUGCUGCUGGUACGGCUCUUGCAGUCGCCUAUAAGCGUUCUAUUUGGGAAGUUACCAUGGAAGACUUUGUGGUUGUUUCUAUUGCUCCAAAUACACCAUUUGAGCUUUUGGCAAACUAUUCUAUUCCGGACCUUGCUCCUUGCGCUGAAUGUCUCUGCGCGACUGGAUGGGUUCCCCUCGGUUACGGACAGGGAAACAUGUAUCAGACACCACAUAAGUGCAAGAUUAUCAACCCCAAUGGUGGUCAGAAACCGAAGGUUCCUUCUCUUCCCCCAGGUCCUGGAGUCCAUGGCCCUAAGCAGCUCAUUGCUUUUUUCCAAGCCGAGGGCAACAACGUUGCGGCCUUGCCGGGAAACAUACCCCCAACUUACUCCACAGACAUGGGUUUCACAAAUGGGGCCCAAACCGAUAUAUUUUAA